AUGCUUGCAGAAGACUAUAAACAGAAAAUGCUCAGCAUGCUCAACGACAACAAAACAUAUCUCCCGAUACCACGCGAUCCAACAUCACGAUACCAACGAACAAAUAACGAAUUCGCCAAACGACUACUCAACCUGAAUCUUAUCGACAAACAGACAGCAACACGACUAACUACAUAUAAUGCCAUAUGCCCCAGAAUAUACGGACAACCCAAAGCGCAUAAACCUAAUUUACCACUAAGGCCAGUAGUGCCAAACAUGACCGCUCCCGCCUACAACCUAUCGAAAUUCAUCGGAAAAAUCAUACAAAAUUCCAUUGAUAGUCCAUACAACAUAAAAGAUUCGUUCACGUUCUGCAACUUUAUCUGCUCAGUUACACUGCCACCAGACUAUAUUCUAAUUUCUCUAGACGUCAUAUCGCUGUUCACAUCAAUUCCUAAAGCCCUAGUUACACACAACAUAAUAACACAAUGGGAGAAGAUCAAUGUUAAUACAAACAUAAACCUAGAUUUGUUCAUCGAAAUAGCUGAAUUCUGUAUCGAAUCAAGUUACUUCAACUACAACGAACAACAUUUCCAACAAGUGUUUGGAGCUGCAAUGGGGAAUCCUCUCUCGCCCAUAAUAGCAGACUUAGUUAUGGAAACACUACUAGACACAGUAACACAGUCAUUAAAUUUCAAACCUCCGUUCAUCAAAAAAUAUGUAGACGAUCUCCUACUAGCAAUUCCUGAAAGUCAAAUAGGCCAUGUACUAGAAACAUUUAACAGCUAUAAUGAACAUAUUCAAUUUACAUAUGAAAUGGAAAACAACAAACGACUACCGUUCCUAGACAUGACACUGAUAAGACAGGAAAACCAAAAAAUUCUAACAGAAUGGUAUAUGAAACCGAUAGCCAGUGGCAGGUUCUUGGAUUAUAACUCGUUCCACCCGCUCCACCAAAAAAUAAACAUGGCCAAAAAUUUCAUUCGACGAGUCGACAAACUAUCCACUCAUUUACAAGACGCCGACAAAGCCCGUAUCAUCCAUCAACAAUUGAGUCUCAACAACUACCCAAAAUCGCUCAGGAACAGACUCAUAAACCGCAGGCAAGAAACAUUAUUACACCACAAGAAUCAUCCGAUGAAAACCUGA